UGUCAGUGUCAACUGUCAUUAUCAAGUGUCACUAAAAAUCACAUGGAAAUUGAUGGAAAUAAAAUGUUUUGAUUGCAACAAAACAAAUACGAUUUAGAGUAAUUGUUUAACAAUGUCUCUUCCAUUGAUAUCUACAAAACCUCCAGGAAAGAGCUGGAGAGAAAUUAAUCAAGAACGAAAAGCAUUAAAACGUCAAAGAAACGAGGAAAAAAUAAUAAAACGUGAGAAGAGGUUAGCUUUAGAAAAGGAAGUAGAAGUGAAAGCUAAAGAAGAAGCAGAGAUAGAAAAGAAAAAUGCUGAAAUAUCAACAAUCAGCAUUGCGGUUCCAGGUUCAAUUUUGGAAAAUGCACAAUCAGCGGAAUUGCGAACAUAUUUGGCGGGACAAAUUGCUCGAGCCGCUUGCAUUUUUUGUGUUGAUGAAGUCAUUGUCUACGAUGAUAUUGGAGAUAAACUAGAUACAAAAAAAUCAAAAUUGGAAGAUGCUGAAGGAUUAAAAAUAGCUCGAAAAAGUUGCGUGCAGUUAGCUCGUAUUCUUCAGUAUUUAGAAUGCCCCCAAUACCUUAGGAAACAUUUUUUCCCCAUACACAAAGAUUUGGAAUUUGCAGGUUUAUUAAAUCCUUUAGAUGCACCACAUCAUUUAAGAAUGUCUAAUGACUUUAAAUUCAGGGAAGGGAUAACAAUGAACAAGAAAGUAAAACCAGGUAGAGGUUCACAAGUAAAUGUUGGAUUGUUACAAGAUGUAUCUUCUGACAAAUUAUUAAACCCUGGCAUUAGGGUUACUGUUAAAAUGCUACCUGCUGUAGAAGGCAGUAAGAAGCUAAAGGGUAAAAUAGUGAGCCUCGCAACCCCAAGAGCUGAGACAGGUGUUUAUUGGGGCUACACUGUAAGGAUUGCAACUAAUUUAAGUCAAAUAUUUACACAAUCUCCUUAUAAGGAUGGAUAUGAUUUGACUAUAGGAACUUCAGACAGAGGUACUCCCAUUGAUGACCUACCAGAUAAAGGUGUCAAAUACAACCAUGCUUUGAUAGUAUUUGGAGGGUUACAGGGCAUUGAGGCUGCAUUAGAAAGUGAUGAACAACUGAAAGUAGAUGAUGCCAGUUUGUUAUUCAAUCAUUACAUAAAUGUUUUACCCAAUCAAGGAUCUAGAACUAUCAGGACUGAAGAAGCAGUACUUGUGGCUCUUUCCAGUUUGCGAAGCAAGUUAAAAGCGGAAAAUGAACCAAUGAUUUUUAAAGAAACCGGCAUAGCAACAAGUUCAAUAUUCCCACAGCAAAAACAAGACAUUUCAGAUAAUUCGGGAAUUGAAAAUAAUGCAGAUUUAAGUAGAUUUGAUUAA